UGCUGCUGAACACUGGGUUUUGUUGUUUCGUCCCCGUGAGCCCUGUCUAACACACUGCAUGUUGCGCUGGCCCCUUAGUUGUCAGAGGAAGAUCUCAACUUCUGUCUCGAGAAAACCCCCCAUUUUACAAACUCGUCGCGACUCUACCUCAACAACAUGUCGGCUCCGAACCGUCAACUUGUCCCAAUUCCAGGCCCUUCUGCCUUGCCUAUUGUCGGUAACACAUUUGACCUCGAUCUAGAUGCCAGCAUCCAAUCGCUGGUCAACAUGUUUGAAGAAUAUGGGCCCGUCUUCCAACUGACAAUUGCUGGACAUAAGCAGAUAUUCGUCGGCAACGUACAACUUACAAACGAGGUAUGCGACGAGAGCCGCUUUUGCAAGAUUGUCUUCUCAGGGUUGGAAUUGUUAAGGUCGGCAGUCCAUGAUGGCCUUUUUACAGCGCACGAGGGUGAACGCAACUGGGAUAUCGCGCACAGGAUCCUUAUGCCAGUUUUUGGACCGACUAAGAUCCGAGGAAUGUUUGAUCAGAUGAAUGACAUUGCGCAACAGCUAUGUCUCAAAUGGGGUCGUUAUGGUCCUACGUUCCCUAUAGAAGUUACUGAGGACUUCACACGCCUCACAUUGGACACAAUCGCUCUCUGCGCAAUGGGCUAUCGUUUCAACAGCUUCUAUCGCGACAACAUGCAUCCUUUUGUCGACAGAAUGAAUAGGUUUUUGAAAGAUACCAACACGCAAUCUGGGCUCCCGGACUUGUUCAACAGUCUAUGGCUUCAUGCGAAAAAAAGAAACAAAGAGGACAUAAAAGCCAUGAGGGAGUUUAGUCAGGAAGUCGUCGACCAGCGGCGACAGAAUCCAGUAGACGCGGAUGACCUUUUGAACGCUCUUCUACAUCAAACUGACCCCAAGACUGGAGAAGGCUUGAGUGACUCGUCAAUCAUAGACAAUAUGAUUACAUUUCUCGUCGCCGGCCAUGAGACCACAUCAGGCCUUCUCUCUUUCGCAUUUUACUAUAUGCUCAAAAACCCCUGGGCGAUGGAAAAGGCUCAGCAGGAGGUUGACAACGUCAUUGGUACAGAACGAGUCACCGUAAAUCAUUUGUCGAAAUUGGAGUAUCUCAAUGCGAUUCUGAGGGAGACGCUACGACUCAUGCCAACAGCGCCGGCGUUUACAGUAGGCGCCCUCAAGGAUGAUGUCAUAGGCGGGAAGUAUGCCGUUAAAAAAGGUGAACCUAUUAACCCCAUUCUUCAAGCAGUUCACUGUGAUAAAGAAGUAUAUGGACCUGAUGCGACAGAGUGGAAACCGGAGAGGAUGCUAGAGGAGGGAUUCCACAAGCUACCAGCCAACUCAUGGAAACCCUUCGGUAAUGGAAAGCGAGGUUGCAUUGGGCGAGCUUUCGCCUGGCAGGAAGCAUUGUUGGUGGUAGCUGUUUUGCUACAGAGUUUUACCUUCACGGAGGAUGACCCUUCUUAUCAACUUCGAAUAAGAGAGGCUUUGACGAUUAAACCGGAUGGCUUCAAGAUCCGUGCAACAUUGAGAGAGCACAAAACGACCGCUGGGAUGGUUCCCGAAUCCGUGCAGUCUUUGAGACAAGCGCAAAAGAGCGGCAAGCCUGGGAAUUCGAAAUCUUCUGCAAACGAAUCAAUGGUGGGCCAGGGCAAUGGCAGGUCCGUAUCCAUAUUUUACGGGUCAAACAGUGGGAGCUGCGAGUCCCUCGCAAAUCUCCUUGCGAGUGAUUGUGCAAAGUAUGGCUUUUCGGUACAAACAACAGAUGCUCUGGACGCCGCCCGGGAGAACUUCACUUCGAAUCAGAUUGUUCUGAUCGUAGCAUCGACAUAUGAUGGAAAGCCUGCUGAUAACGCGACUGAGUUCGUCAACUGGCUCAAAUCGCUCACGGGAGAACCUCUGAAAGGUGUAUCGUAUGCUGUUUUUGGGUGUGGGCAUCACGAUUGGGCAACGACAUUCUAUAAGAUACCCAUUCUUAUCGACGAGCUUCUCGAGCAACGCGGGGCCCAAAGAGUUGCGCCUCGUGGUGCCGCUAAUGCAGCAGUUAGCGACCUCUUCUCAGACUUGGAAAAGUGGGAAGAGAGUAUCCUAUGGCCCGCACUGGGUCUCACUCCUGCGCUCCUUGAAAGUCAGGGCGACACUCAACCUAGACUAACAAUUUCAUUUCAGCGUCCGUACACCCAACGGAAGGAGUUUUUGGAAGCUACUGUCACAAGCGCUUCUGAGCUGACCACUUCCGCGUCUCCUUCUCGAAAAUGCCACAUGGAACUGCAACUGCCACAAGAUAUGACAUACAAUACGGGUGACUACCUGGCCGUGUUGCCGUUGAAUCCGCUUUCCAAUGUACAGCGGGCUUUGUCUCGCUUUCACUUGGCUUGGGACAGCGUCCUUGUAAUUGAAGCUACUGGGCCCACGCAGCUUCCAACAGCAACCCCAAUCUCAGUGGCGGAUUUAUUCGGCGCGUAUGUCGAGCUUUCCCAGCCAGCCACUCCACGGAACAUCAGAGCACUUGCUGGUGCUGCGUCGGAUGAACCGACGAAACAGGCUUUACUGAAAUUGGCAGAAGACGACUUCGCUACCCAGGUCCGAGACAAACGACUAUCAGUUCUUGACCUGCUUGGACAGUAUGAAUCCGUUGCAUUGCCUGUCGAGGCGUUCAUAGAGAUGCUACUGCCACUUCGUCCACGUACAUAUUCCAUUUCGUCAGCGCCCCAAUGGAACCCGUCGCACGCGUCCAUCACAUGGUCUAUUAUAGAUACCGUAUCAUGGUCUGGUCAUGGUCGCUUCCUUGGUGUCGCUUCUAACCACUUGUAUGAUCUCUCGCCGGGCGCCGUGGUACGUGUUUCUGUGCGACGCUCGAACCCUGCGUUCCAUCCGCCCCAGGACCCAAACUCUUACCCUAUCAUCAUGAUUGCCUCUGGGUCAGGUCUUGCACCCUUCCGUGGCUUUAUUCAGGAACGCGCCUUGCAGCAGAAGGCAGGCAUGACGCUUGCCCCGGCUCUACUGUUUUUUGGCUGUCGAGGACGCGAUGAUGAUCUCCACAGGGCUGAAAUGGAUGAUUUCGAAAAAUCCGGUGUUGUCCGCGUGAUGCGCGCCUACAGCAAAGCGCCAAACGAACCUGAUGCUUUUGGGUGUGCAUACAUUCAGGAAAGAGUAUGGUCCGAGAGGAAGGAAUUUAGAGAGCUGUGGAAUCGUGGUGCAACAGUCUUCGUCUGCGGUGGCACCAAGAUGUCAGAGGCAAUCAAGGAUGUUUUCAUAAAGAUUGCUUACGGAAACGCCGGACAGGAUGAUAACAAGAGCUCCAGGGAUUGGUUUGCUAGUCUCGAUCCACACCGAUAUGUAGCUGAAGUGUUCAACUAGCCUAUAGUAAUCAGUUGGUACGUAUUCAAGAC